UAUUCGAAGUCCUUCGAAAAUUAAAUGGCUUCAUUUCCGACUUACGCGAACGCAGCGUGAUCUUUUUCCGGUUUAUCGCGGUAUAGUACGCACGGCACAAUGAAGGCUAAGGGUGAACUAAAGGAAUUCGAAGUCAUCGGUCGUAAAUUGCCGACCGAAAAAGAAAAGACUACACCUUUAUAUAAAAUGAGAAUUUUUGCUCCCGAUGCUAUUGUUGCUAAAUCAAGGUUUUGGUAUUUCUUGCGUCAGCUGAAAAAGUUCAAGAAAUCUACUGGAGAAAUUGUAUCUCUCAAACAGAUUUCAGAGAAGACUCCAACUAAAAUCAAGAACUUUGGAAUUUGGUUGAGAUACGAUUCAAGGUCUGGAACUCACAACAUGUACAGAGAGUACAGAGACCUUUCUGUCAGCGGUGCUGUAACACAGUGUUACAGGGAUAUGGGAGCUCGUCACCGUGCUCGUGCUCACUCUAUCCAAAUUAUCAAAGUUGAAGUUGUUAAGGCAGCAAAUUGUCGAAGACCUCAGGUCAAACAAUUCCACGAUUCCAAAAUCAGAUUCCCAUUACCAAAACGUAUCCAUCAUAAGAAUCGUAUGCCCCUCUUUAGCGUUCGAAAACCACGUACCUAUUUCCUUUAAAUACUUUUAACUUAGUGUUUUGUACAUUAACACUAAAUAUAUACUAUUCUAAAGGAAAUAAAAGGACGUUUCUUCUAUUA